GUGCGGGCACUGCCAGCGCCUGGCGCCGGAGUGGGAGAAGGUGGCGACGGCGUUCAAAGACUCGGACGCCAUCCGCAUUGCGGAGGUGGACUGCCAGGCGCACUCCGCGCUGUGCGGCAACCACGAGGUGCACGGCUACCCCGCCAUCAAGUGGUUCGGCGCCGGCCAGACAACGUCGGAAGACUAUGCGGGAGGAAGGAAGGCUGAAGCGUUUGUGGAUUUCAUCAACGGCCGAAUCGGCACGCGUGCCAAGGUGGAGUCGGACGAGCCUGAGUCGCGAGUGAGGGUGAUGACGGCAUGGGCCUUCCCGUCGGUGAUGCUGGAUGCCACCAAGCACGUCUUGGUUUACUUCUAUGACGGCGCGUGCAAGCCGUGCAAGGAAAUGACGAAGACGGUUGAGAAGCUGGCAGCAGUGUUCAAGGGCCACGACGACAUUCUCUUCGCCAAGGUGGAUGGCGACAACGAGCACAUGCUGGCGAGCAGGUUUAAAAUCGAGACCUUCCCCUACUUCAAGUUCUUCACCAAGGAGAACAAGUACGGCGAGGACCUCAAGGGCGACCCCCUGCCGUCGCUCUCCGACCUCGUCAGCUUCGUCAACAAACACACCGGCGCUCGCGAGUCGUCCUCUGGCGUUCCCCUCGAUAAGGUGGGGCGCAUUCCGGAGCUGGACGCCAUAGCUGAAAGCUUCCUGGAAGCAUCGGAGGCGGAGCGCCAGGAGAUGAUGGUUCGGGCCAUGGGGUUGGUGGUGGCGCCUGAGCUGGAGGGCCACGGCGUGUUCUACCAGAAGGCAAUGAAGAGCAUAGUGGAUGAGGGGGAGGAGUGGGUGAGCAAGGAGCAUGCGCGCCUCACCAAGCUGCUGGCAGGGUCCCUCAAGCCCGACAAGGUGGAGAAGUUCUCGGCUCGUAGGAACAUUCUGGAAGCAUUCCACAAGGCAUAGGCGGGUGGCCUUUGAGCCGCCUCAGAAGCCACCAUGUUGUUGUGGUGCUGACAUCUCACAGGAACACUGUAGAAGCAUUCAAGAAGGAUGCAGCUCAUAGUGCUGGUGACCUGUCGCUGUGACAUGAUGACUUGAUGACAUGCUCUUAGUCGAGUGCAGUGGAAUGUAGGCUGCUGUUGCUGGUCCUUCACCUUUUAGGAAUGUGACACCUUUUAGCAUCCCUUUUCCAUCUCCUGACGGCCACUGUAGACAUGCAACACA